UCCUCAGACACAGUGCCUACAGAUCUCGUCCGGUCCACAACGCAUCGCACACAACGCCGUUAUUUUUUGUUACAAAACAGUGAUUUUAUAGUAACAGAGUUUCCGUAUAUUUUUGAAUCCGAAUUUUUAACCGGUUGAUAGUGUUUUUUUGUAAUCUCGUGUUGUGGUAGUUUCCGAGUAUAUUUUUAGACUUUCGGAAUAUGGACAUUUCCCUGACACGGACCCGUUGAGUGAUUGUGAAGUGGACUGUGGGGCCGUGGAGCGUGUGAUGGUGCCAGAAGCAGGCGCGCGCACCACCCAGGUCUCGGCCGGCCAAGAAUAGCUCGGAGAUGUUGGCGGGCCUCAACAGUCUUGUGGGCAGCGCAGAGAUGCUCGGGCCCCCCCAUCAUCUGCAGAGCCCCGCGGCCCAACAUUCGCCCCCGCCGGGGCCCCAGCCCGUGUCGCCCCUGCUGCCCAGCUUCGGGUUCACCCAGGAACAGGUGGCGUGUGUCUGCGAGGUGCUGCAGCAGUCCGGGAACAUAGAGAGGCUCGGCAGAUUCCUGUGGUCGCUCCCCGCGUGCGAGAAGCUGCACAAGAACGAGAGUGUACUGAAGGCGAAGGCGAUGGUGGCGUUCCACAGAGGAAACUUCAAGGACCUCUACAGGUUACUGGAGUCCCACCAGUUCUCCCCGCACAACCACCCCAAGCUGCAGGCGCUGUGGCUGAAGGCCCAUUACGUGGAGGCCGAGAAGCUCCGGGGGCGGCCGCUGGGCGCCGUGGGCAAGUACAGGGUGCGCCGCAAGUUCCCCCUGCCCAGGACCAUCUGGGACGGCGAGGAGACCAGCUACUGUUUCAAGGAGAAGUCGCGGAGUGUCCUGCGAGACUGGUACUCCCACAACCCGUACCCGAGUCCGCGGGAGAAGCGCGAGCUUGCGGAGGCCACAGGCCUCACCACCACCCAGGUGUCCAACUGGUUCAAGAACAGGAGACAACGGGACAGAGCCGCCGAGCAGAAGGAUGGAACUCCCGGAAGAAGUCCCUCGGGUGCGGGAGAAGGCGGAGAGAAGGGAAUCGCUGCAGGCCCAAGCUCCGCUCUGGACUCCUCAUCCUCCGAGAGUGUGGACGGGGUUGACCUGCCCCACAAGAGUUCCAUGACACAUCCCAUGCUGCCUCAGGACCCUCUCGGCCACCAUGAUCUGUUCGCCGGGGGCGUAGCAGAGCUGAAGCCUAGCGUAGCGAGUCUUCAGGCCACCGUCAUGUCGAACGCGGCGGCGGCAGCUGUAGCCUACCAGAGCAUGGGCCUAGGCCCUCAGCAGCCCUCGGGCCUCGGGCCCCACCACUCCGACACGGGGGCCCUCCUGCACGAUUAUCACUCCUUGUGACAGUGGGUCGCUGGCUACGGGUACGGCCAGUAGUAGACCAGCGUAGAUAUGGACUGAGUGAAGCAGUACGGACUCCAGUAUGUGAGGAAUCAGUGGAGUUGUGUGGAGAAGUGAAUUUCGAGGAUUUCGCCAGCGCUUGUGGAUACUCUUUCCUCCGAUGAUUUUUUGGAAAGAAUCUCCCGGCGUAUUUAUUCAAUACUCAAACGCAUAAAAGGAACACACUAUAAAGAAAUUUUGAAGUAUUAUGGACUCGGCUAACCUAUUGGUGAUGAGGAAACUUCCUAUCCUCGUAGACUAAAGGUUAAAGAAAUGACGCUUCCACGAAAAACCGGUGACUUUUGGACGGUCUGUUUUGAAUCUUGUAAGCAAAUCUAAUAUAAGCUAGAGUUCUUUUGCUGUUCAAAAUCCUACAUGAUGCAUUUCAAUCAAUGAGUAAGAAUUUAGCAAUAAAAGUCUGCCAAAGUAUUCCAUUUUUGAGUUGCCAACAAAAUAUUUUUAGGACAGAACACAAAUUUUGAUAAAUAAUUUUACUAUUAUUGUUUAGCAAAGUCUUGUACACAAAUACAACUAACGCAUAAUAAAGAAUGAAUGUUUUUUUUUAUAAAAAUGUGUUUUUAACAUACAUAGUUUUGACUGUACGCUAUUUUUCGCCGAUAUAAAGCAUUUUAUAACAGUUUUAAUAUUUUUAUAAACAUUUUGCACAAUUUCAAGUAUAUAUAACUUUUGUCCAAAAAAUGAUUUAUUACUACCGAAUUGAGAUAGAAAUAUUUAGAUUGUGUUGUUAUUCUAUACUCUCUGUAUUUAUGUUUUCAAGUGUGUAUUUCCGAUUUCCUUAUCUGAAGUGAGGUUAAUUAUUAAUUUCGUAUUCCAGUAUUUCAUUUUUGUGUGUGAUUAAUUUAAUGUGAAUUUAAAAGCUCCUCUGAGAUUCCAUUCGUGUACGAAACACUGUAGACCAAUUUUUCCUGUAGAUACAUGUUCCACGAGUAAUUUCGAAGACUUUGUGACCAAGACAGUGACUACAAUCUAGUGACGUCACGCUCAAACCUAGCAUGACGUCAUCGGAAGUGAAUUUGUGACCAAAGACAGCUGUGUUGUGAUUUCUUUUCUAGUGAUCUAUCCCGUAUUGUAUAGUUUAGUGUUUCCUAUAGUUUUGUACAUAGGCGCUUGGGGCGAGCUUUCCCGGUGGACGAUGUAUGUAGUUAUGUAUAGAUAAAAUAUAUUAACGGCUCUUAGUACUUAAUUAAAUUUAUUUAAAUUAUUACUAGA